CACAUCAUCACCACAAAAAGAGAGAGAGAGAGACCAUUGGCGGCACAGUGGGCUGACAAGGAUGGCAGAUUGUCAGACGUUCUACUCGACAGAGUACUACACUGCCACCGUCAACAGCCAGCGGGUCAUCACGAGCACCUACACCGAUCCUGGCUUGCCCAUCACCAUCAACAGCACCCUCGGCAAUCUACUCACCUCGCUCUUUCCUGGCCAGGUACACACGACCAUCAUCACGAGCAAUGUCCAGUCCACCUCCGUGGGAUCAUCCGUCAUCGCAGUCUCGUCAAGCUGCUCGACCUCCCCCACCACAACAAGCCCUUCCACAAGCCCGACCAGCACACCCAUCACAAGCGCUGCUCCGACGACCAGUCCGAUCCCAAUAGUAGUGGCCACCACGACCUCGAGCAGUGUCAUCGUCGUCGCUUCACCCAGUUCGAGCAGUACUUUGCCAGAUGCCACGAGCUCCGCGGCUGCAGUGACGACAACGCCUGCGGUGAUCCUCACGCCGGGUACAAGCAGUGGCGGCCAAUUGACAAGCACGAGGAUAGCCUCAACCAGCUUCUCCACCACUAUCGUUAUUGUGACUGCGGGCGAUGGCAGUAUGAGCACGAGCACUUCAAUCAUUGGCUCACUCGUGCCCGUCUCCGACACAUCCUCUGGUGGUUCUACCUCCACAGGCACGAUCGUUGGUGCCGUCAUAGGCUCACUCGUCGGUCUCAUCGUUCUGGCCGGCUUGAUCUUCUUUGCCUGCGCAAGGCGGCGGCGUCAAAGAGCCGGCCCUAACAACGGAGAUGUGUUUACCGAUCAGAUGUGGGAGCCAGGAGCCCACAAGGAGGUUGGCACUGCAGACGACGACGAAGAAGAGUUUGCAGACGGCACAGCGAUUGGCACUGUCGACGGCAGCCACGCCCGUCACGCGUCAAUGUCGAGUUCGGGUCUGAUGCACACACCCAUCGGUCAGUACUCCGCCGGUGACUACUACAGUGCAGACACGCACUACAAUGCCGGCCAGCAAUAUUCCCAAGUCUCUCACGGGCGCAACAUGUCAGAGAGCUCUGCCUCUGGCAAUCUGCAAGAUCCCCGCGCCUCGAUGCGAGCAUCAGUCAUGUCACAACAGCCGCAAUACUACUCGAGCUACGAUGCACCACUUCCCACACAUGCCCACAGGCAGUCCAUGCAUGGCAUCAUCGAAGACUCACCCCGGCGCACCCUCUCGACGCGCAGUGUGGAUUAUGCUCGUUCGUCAUUCGAUAGACCGGAGCGCGAGCUCCCUCCGGCCAUUGUCACGACAUCUGACAGUGGUCACGGGCAAUCGAGACCGGUCAAUCCUCGUCGCAUGAGCUCAAAGACAUCUCUACGGCGAUACGGCCACAUCAACACUCUGGCCGAGGAAGACGAAGCCGCUUCCCUAACGCGAGCGCGAGAAGAGCUCGAGGUUCCCCUGGCGACGCCACAUCUCGAAACGGAUUCGCUCCAUGACGGCUCAUCGGCCAACACGAGCUCGGCACCUGCGACGCCCUACGAUGCUCAAGCGCAAGCAAACGAUCCUCGCUUCUGGCGAAACAGUGCUCUUAUUGCAGCGCCGGGCCAGCAAAACGGCGGCAAGCCUGGCGAUCCAGCAUUGGCCGGUAUCGUCUCCCAAUGGGAGCAAGCCGGCUUCAUCUCCUGAUGACGACCUCUCAUGAUGGACAUUACGGUCGGACACGCAUCCACUUGUUUAUGUAUUCAGCACGUCUG